GGUUAUGUGACACCUCAGCGAACAGGGUAAAGGUGGACUGUUUAGUGCUGUGAUCUGGCCACCGCCCUCCAAGCGUCUGUCAGCUGCCCUGCAGACCCAGAACAGUAGACCGCGACGCACUUCCCGUCCAGCAUGUCCGUCGGUCGGAGAAACUGGUCCACAUUGUCCAGUUUGGCGCGCCAGUGGACAAUGGAGGACGAGGAGGAGGUGGAGAGGGAGAGGAGGAGGAGGGUGAAGAGCUCAAGCAAUGACACCGACAGCAACUUCUGCGCAGCAGCGCCCGUUGACACGCCCGCGAGUGACCAGGGAGCUGCCCACCCACCUGAAACCUCUCAGGACUCCAGCAGUACGGAGCAGAUACCGCUGGACUUCAUGGAGAUGCUGCGGGUGAGAGAUGAGCGGCGCAGGAUGAGACACAUGGAGUCGCGAACAUGCCAGAAGGGGGUCAACGAGGAUGACGUUGAGUCUCGCAGAGAAGGAGGAAGAGAAGGAGACAGGGAGGAGCUAACUGCGGAGCAGGAGAAAUCCACCAAAAAUCAGCCACAACAGCAAGAAAAUGAAGAAUCAUCGGAGAAAGAUGCCCUUUGCAGACAACCAUCCAACCCAACGCGGAAGUUUGUCAGUUCGGUUUCCAUCUCUCUGGACAAGAGCCCUUCUGCGAGCGGGCAGACAACUCCUGUGAGUCCCCUCUCUCCGAUGACCCCCAGGUCACCUCGGGAACACUGCUUCUCACCUUGCAGUAGCCUCUCCCCUAAAGGACCCAGGAGUCCCAUUCCCAAUGGACACACACCAGAGACAAGUGCGAUGAGCUCUUCGAGCAACAAUAACAGCGAGCAAACGACCAAACCUCUCUUAAUCAGGAAGAGCUCCAGGACCGUAUCUUUUCGGAUGAUAAGGAAGAACGAGGAGACUUCACCAUUGCAGAGGAGUGCAAGUGUCAGGGUGGCCUCCAAAAAGUUUGAAUCCCAAACAGUGAAGAAUGAAACCCUCAAUGAGUACGAAGCGCCAGCUUUCCAGAGGAACUCUGUACAACGAGUCUCAUCGAGGUCCAUCCAGGAGAAAAUGGCGAGGCUGGCCCAGGCUGCACAGAAAUCGGAAACGGGUAGAUGUCCCGAUGUGAGCCAGCGUACCUUGUACCUGCUGGAUGAGGUGUCCAGGAAGAGGUGCAUCUUUGAGAAGGAACCGCAGGGAGACAGCCCACUGAGCCCUUCCAAACACGAACUUCGGGGCUCCACGUCAGGAAUGUCGGAUCGGAUCAACCGCUGGCUGGACAAGUCUAACCCAACCGGAUCAACCUCCAGUCCCACGGAGGUCAGAAAUGUGGACUUCACCAGCAAAAGGAGUUUGUUUGAGAGAAGAGGCCAUGAAAAUGUCACAAACUACAAACAAGGACAAAUCUACAAGUGAAAGAUAAUUUCGCCAUAUCAAUUUGGCAAAGUACAACGAACCUUUGUAAUCAGAUUUUUUGUAAACAUACAAAGUGGGAGCAAUUGAAUUGGCUUAUCUUUACCUUUAUUUGUCUAUUUCCACCCUCUUCAGCUUCUUCCUGAACAAGAAUAAAAUAAAAAUUCUAAAAGUUGUAGUUUUGCAAGACUGAAAAGGAUGAGACUUCUUUCAAUAUUAUACGUGUUUAUGUUGAAAGUGCAAUUGUAAUUUUGUCAAUAUUUAAGCACUUUUGAGAGUUUAGGAUCAUGUGCCAAUCUACACAUGAAAUCGUUUGUGUAUGUGCAACGUGUAAAUCCCCAAUUAUGAAAUAAAGCCAUUGAC